GGAGGAGCCCCAGCGACAGACAGCGGCGCGCACCAACCCGGAGCCGCCUGGCCGGUGCCGCGCCGAGACUGGCCGGGGCGUGUUGCAGGCGCUCGGUGUAGGGGCGUCUGAUAGCUGCAUCUUCCCUUUCGCGCGGGGGCGGCGGCAGCGGUGCGGGUUUCCUCUGCUCGGAUACCUCGUGGGCCUGAAGCGGCUAGUGCCAGGAUCGGGGCGGGCAAGGGAAAGCUACGGCCCGCGCUUUUUAGCCGAGAGCUCUGUGUAUAGGAUCCUUCCGGGCCAGUCGGAAACUGAGGAGCGGCGGGGGCCGACUAUGCCCGCCAGAGCAUCCUCUACGUAAUGGAAGAAGCCGCCGCUGCUGCAGGGUCGCGGUGCGCCCCAUCCACUGCCGCCAGAGAGAUGGGUAGAGUCGGGGCGUGGAGGCCAAGAGCGAGAGAGGCGGAGCCGCUUUGCCCAGAGCUGGGUCUCGUUUAAGCCCUCUCCCCUCAACCUCCCCCAGUGGGCAUCGGAGCCCGGAAGGAAGCUACUGUCCGGGCGCCCUGGGGCUCAGCGGAGCGCGGAGGAGAGCUCCUGGCCUGGUGAAAGUUUCCCUUCCCCAGUCUCAGGGUGCCCGCUUCCCGGAAACUGCCCAAGGCUUGGGCUUCCGAAUGCCGUGGCACCCCCUGAGGCACGGGGACCCCCAGCGUAAGACAGCGCGUGAGAAAUCGAGGAACGAAUAACAACAGCAGGACAGACCUCCGAGCCGCGAUCCCAGGCCGCUCCUGGUCGCGCCCGCGGCUCCAGGUCUUUCUGGGAGCCGCUGCCAUGGGAGAGCCAGUCCUGGGCGCCGAGGACCAGCCGCCGCUGCUGCCGCCGCGCCCGCCUAGGAGCCGCGGCCCCAGUCCUCGCGCACGAAGCCAGCCCUCUGCGUCCCCCGCUCGGGCUUCAGGGCCGCCUCCGCCUCGCCGUGGACCCCGAGUGAGCCUGUGAUGAGCCGCAGCCCGCUGGGAGCCGUGUCCCCCGGCCCGCCUCCCCGAUUGCUCCCGGCCGCGCCUGCAGCAGCACGCGCCUUGCUCCCACCGAGGUCCCGGCGCCCGGGCCGCCACUGGCCUGCGUCGCCCCUCGGAAUGAAGGUGUUCCGUAGGAAGGCGCUAGUGCUGUGCGCAGGCUAUGCGCUGCUGCUUGUGCUCACCAUGCUCAACCUCCUGGACUACAAGUGGCACAAGGAGCCGCUACAACAGUGCAGUCCCGACGGGCCGCUAGGUGCUGCGGCAGGGGUGGCUGGGGACGGCUGGGGGCGCCCGAGGCCUCCUCCAGCUGUGUCGCGUCGCGCACACACCCGCUUGGACCCCCGCACCCCGUACCGCUCCCCCGCUGCCCCUGUCCUAGGGGCGGCACCGGCAGUGGAGGCGGGGGCCGUGGCCCCUUCCGGCAAUAGCACUCGCAGCUCCAGGGGCGGUGAGAUAAAACGGCAGUUGGUGUACGUGUUCACCACAUGGCGCUCGGGCUCGUCCUUCUUCGGGGAGCUCUUUAACCAGAAUCCCGAGGUAUUCUUCCUAUACGAGCCAGUGUGGCACGUGUGGCAAAAACUGUACCCGGGGGACGCCGUGUCUCUGCAAGGGGCAGCGCGGGACAUGCUGAGCGCUCUCUAUCGCUGUGACCUCUCAGUCUUCCAGCUGUACAGCCCUGCUGGCAGCGGGGGUCGCAACCUCACCACACUGGGCAUUUUUGGCGCUGCUACCAAUAAGGUCGUGUGCUCUUCGCCGCUUUGCCCUGCCUAUCGCAAAGAGGUCGUGGGGCUGGUGGACGAUCGUGUGUGCAAGAAGUGUCCACCCCAACGCUUGGCACUCUUCGAAGAAGAGUGCCGCAAGUACCACACGCUGGUCAUCAAGGGCGUGCGUGUCUUCGAUGUGGCCGUGUUGGCGCCUCUACUUCGCGACCCGGCCUUGGACCUCAAGGUCAUCCACCUGGUGCGUGAUCCUCGUGCUGUGGCCAGUUCACGCAUCCGCUCGCGCCACGGUCUCAUCCGUGAGAGCCUGCAGGUGGUACGCAGCCGGGACCCGAGAGCCCAUCGCAUGCCAUUCCUGGAGGCUGCUGGCCACAAGCUGGGUGCCAAGAAGGAGGGUGUGGGUGGCCCAGCAGACUACCAUGCACUUGGCGCUAUGGAGGUCAUCUGCAACAGCAUGGCCAAGACACUGCAGACAGCCCUGCAGCCCCCUGACUGGCUACAAGGCCACUACCUAGUGGUGCGGUACGAGGACCUGGUGGGAGACCCCGUCAAGACCUUACGGAGGGUGUACGACUUUGUGGGACUGCUGGUGAGCCCUGAAAUGGAGCAAUUUGCCUUGAACAUGACCAGUGGUUCGGGCUCCUCCUCCAAGCCUUUUGUGGUAUCUGCCCGUAAUGCCACACAGGCAGCCAACGCAUGGCGGACUGCCCUCACCUUUCAGCAGAUCAAACAAGUGGAGGAAUUUUGCUAUCAGCCCAUGGCUGUGCUGGGCUAUCAGAGGGUGAAUAGCCCCGAGGAAGUCAAAGACCUCAGCAAAACCCUGCUCCAAAAGCCCCGGCUCUGAGGGUUUCUUGGGAGGCCUCACUGGAGGUGGGAGACACCCAGAGGAAGACUGUUGAGGUGGGAGACAAUCCACCCACAGGGGACUGUGGUGUGUUUAAACAGAAACAGUCCAGACCCAAGCUGAGGAAGCCCACAUAUUCUAUUAUAGAUGUAUAAUAUAAAUAACCACACAGACACUUGCUGUCAGUGUUCCCAGUCUUGCAUUUCAAGAACAGUCACAAUACACAUCUCAGAAAAGGCGAGACUUGAAAGUUCUGACCAGCUGCCUUCCUGUCCUCUCCCUGCCUUUUCUCCCUUUCCCUUUCCCCGAGGUCUUACACUCUCUCCUACCUGCCCUGCAUUUUGAAGUGGGAUACUGAUUAAAUCAAGAUCCAGUAACCCAAAUCUUGUUUACAAAGUUUUUGUGGUAUCUGUGAACAUGUAGUAGCGUAAUUUGGAUGUGGGGUGAGGGAAUAAAAAAAGGGGAAGUGGCCCAGGAGCAGAAAGCCCCAUUGGGAAUAAUAAACCAAGGAGGCAUUCAUUUAAAGUAGACUUCUCUGUAAAAGCAAAGGUUAUAUGUGAGUAUUAAUAAAGAAGAUAAUAAAUAAUACUCAUUUUUAUACUUGCCUCCAUUACUUUGGAUUUACCUGUGUUGAUCUGUAGCUUCAGACAGAAUCUGCUUCCCAUUCCUGAACUCCCAUUUCCUGUCUGUUUCCUAGAGAACAGUUAAGAUGGGUGGGAGCAGCUUCUUGCUCCCUGGGAGUUGUUUUCUUACAUGUAAAUUGUAGUCUGUCAGGUGCCAAGGAAUGGGGAAACAUCUUCAAAUUCAAAACCAAGUCAGGAGCGCAGAAAGAAUAAAGCAUUCGAUGUUAAUUAAUGAGUUAAGACUGGGGAAUCCUGAAGCAGAGAAUAAUGUUUCAGUCCUGAGUUUAGUCCAGAAAAAAGAUUUUUUAAAAAAGAAAAGUAUGUAAUUAAAAAGUAUUUCUGAUUAUUAGAACACAGACCUCAUAUGUUAGUGUGAUCAUAUUGUGACAAUGGUAGCAACUUCUUGGGUUAGAAAAGUAAGAGAAGUAUAUGUAUAUGGCAUGUCUUUCUGCUUCUGACACAUUAUGUGAAGGCAUAUGAAAAGAAAGUUUCACCUGAGAAGUGUAAGGGCACUUACAGGCUUGUCCUUGCUUUUGAUCCAAAUUAGUACAAAAGAGAAGGUGAAUUUAUAAUGGUUUAUUUGGGAUGCCCCUGGGGCAUGCUGUUUUUCUUUAUCAUAGUUCCUAAAAGUAAAACUGCAGAGAAACUAUAACAUGUGCCGACAGUAUAAGGUUGCAGCUGAAAGCUUCUUUUAGAUAUGAAAAUAAACUAUGAGCUAGUUAGUGUGUUGGAUUUUGAGAUUUGGUGUUUUCCACGGAAGAACCCAUUGCAAUUUUCCUCAGUGGCGUUGCUGCUGCACUGAGCCCAUUGUGUGGGAGCAUUUUGCAGAAUGUCAUAUUACAAUGUUACCAAACCUAAAAAGAAACGAGACAGUGUAAUUACAUAUUACAUUAAAUGGGAUACAAGUUCAAUAUAAUUAUGAGAUCUCUGCAGGCCAACUUGUAUAGGUUAAAUGCUGAGGAUUUUAUUUUAAGGAAAGAAUAUUAAAAAAAUAUGUACAUGGGAAAUAUUUUGACAUAGGAUGAUUCUUAAGUAUAAUUUUCAUUAUGUGAAAUCUAUACUGUUAAGAAUUCCAAGGUAAAUAAGCACAGAGGUUUAAACAAGAUGUAUUUAGCAGUGGAUUUUAUAACGAAUUCUAGAAUGGCUUAUUUUUAAUUUACUAAAAUAGUUUAUAAUAUUGUGAUUCUUAAGCCCUAUUACAGCUAUAACAUAGUUCAUGUUUUCAAUGAUAACUUCAUGGUAGUGCCUAUCCUGAAUUAUCUUCAGCAGCAGAAUAUUUGUAAUAGCUUUAAUUUAAGAAUACAUUAAAAUUAAAUGAACAAAAUAAAUAUUAAUGUUGGGUGAGUAUAGAUGGAACAGAUUUGUGAGGAAAUUAAGACAGCAUAAUUAAGAAGCAAUUACUCAGAAUAAAAUAACCAUUUAAAAAGAAAUUUCAUGUGGCAUUCAGCUCUUCUCACUUAAGCACAGUAAAUUCAUGCUUAGUUUCUCAGUGAAGGAUUUUUAAGCAGUUGAAUUCAUUCUUUUCUCAGUAUAUUGAAGCACUUUGAUUGCAUUAUAGUGGAAUUACAAAUGUUCUGGGACCUUGAUUUAAUAAUAUAUUAGAUGCUGCAUAGAGCCCUUGCAGCCUGCUGAGUAUUUGUGGCCUCUGCUCAGAUGAAAUUUUAAGCUAAACACCAACAAUUCUCCCUUGCUGUGUUCAAGUCAGGUUUUCAGCUGUGAUUCUCUUGUAGCAGCUGUAUUCUCUCCACUCCCACUCCUGGGCUCUGUAAUUUGAAAAGAUGAAUUGUUGCUCCUGGAUAUUUGUACCUAGCUGCAUUCUAGGAAAGUGAGACAGGUGCAGUUUCCCCUAACAACCCAGAUAGCCCUAUCAGUGACAUUUAGCUCCCACAGGCUGGAGAAGGAGAGCAGUGUUUUUUGGCGUUAAUAAGCUCUGUCAAGCCCUUGGUGCAAGCAGACCUGUGCCUCAACAAAUUACAACAGAGCCUGUGGCCAUUUCUGAGGCAGCAAAAUGUGAAAGAGGUUCACAUUUCCCAUCUUGGCAAUAUAUCCAUCAGCAGGAGGAAAUAUUUUUCAGAGCAGGUUAUCAGAGUGAUAUUUAUUUAUUUAUUUAUUUAUUUAUUUAUUUAUUUAUUUAAAAUUCUUUAUUGUUUAAAGUAUUACAUAUGUCUCCUUUUCCCCCCAUUGACCUCUCCCUGGCCCGCUGCAGCUCAAAGGAUAGCAUGCCUGACUUACCCCUUUGACUUUGGAAUGCCUUUAUCAAUGAGAUAGUCCUAUUUAUAAAAUGAAGUACCCAUUGGAUUUAGUCAACAAUAUGCAUUUGGAACAAGGCAGCAGCACAGGCUGGAGCUUGAGUUUCAGGGAGCUCAGAGGCCCUCAAAGGCCUCAUUCAGACUGACUCUGGGUACCUGGCAGGCAGGGACUGGGGCAAAUCCUGUUUCCUUCAGUGUCUAUCACAGUAUGAGUGCUUGAUGAAUAUUUAUUAUGUAAGUGAAUGGAAUAUGUAACUAUCAAGUUUUGAAAGUCCUCAGAAGGGAAAGAGGAAGAAUGUGUUACUUCUUUGGAGAGAGUGCUAGGCAGUUCACCAAAGAUUGCUGAAGGAAGUGGGCCUUAGGUUCUGUUUAGAUGUGGGGUGUGGGCAAUAAAAACAUCUUUAAGAUUUCCAGAAUGAGCUUGCAUAGACCAAUAUUUCUCACUGAUGAAUUUGAAACAAAAAUUCAGAAUUUCUGAAUGUGGAGAGGUAAGUUUCAAAAUGAGAAAUUUGAUUUAUACUCUUUGUUUUCCCAAGAGCAACUUAAAGUUAGGGAUCAUAUACCUGCAAAAUAAAGGCUGCCCUAGUGCCUAAGGGAGGGCUAGAAAGUUGUUUAUUAUUGCAGAAACUAUGUGGCAUAUAUUUAUUGUUUUGAGUGCUGUGAAUGUGCAAUUUGAAGGACUGUGAGGGGGGUUUCACCCAGGCAUAGGAGUAGCUACUUUCAAGAAUUUGUGCUAAUGUGGAUGCUGAAUGAGACCAUGGCUGCCUGUUUCCAUGAAUCCCUGCCCAGCCCUGGCCUGUUCUGGUCAGAAUUUCUAUUGUACACACUACAGUGUGGCUGGAUUAUGCUGUCAGUUUGAAAUUAAUGUGAAUUUGAGUGAGGCCAUAAAUUAAUAAUCUCUGGUUCUAAGCAAUG